GACUUCUUUAUAAAAUGGAACAUUAGUUAGAGAAUGGAAAACAUGACAAAACUCAUCCCUGCAAAAAAUAUCCAUCCCCAAUGGCCCAAAACAACUUCUGGCACAUCUUUUGUGAAACUAGGAACAUCUUCCAAGCACACUCUCGUCACUUAGUAACUCUCUCACUAAUCUUCCUCUUUCCCCUUUCAUUCUCCCUCUUACUCUCUCCCACCCUCUCCAACCUCUUCAACCAUUUCUAUACCAACAUUAUCCCUUAUCCUUAUAAUUAUUCUUCUACAACAAACCCAAAUUAUAAACACCACUCUCUCUUCUUUCAUCUCCUCUAUUCCCUUUUCACUUUUAUCUUCUCAAACUGUGGAGUCAUUAGCAUCACCUACAGCGUUUUCCACUUCUUCAAUGACCAAUCAUUGAAUUUGAACCUCAAAUCCACAAUCACCAAGUCCAUCUCCACUUCCUUCUUGCCCCUCCUCGCCACCACCAUCGUUUCUCAUGUUAUCAUCUUUUUCGUUUCUCUUUUAUAUGCCCUUCUCUUGGUUCUUAUCAUUUGUGGUGCUAUAUUUUUCAAUGUAACAACUUCAUACUCUUCCCUUUACUACUUCAUCGGGUUCCUUAUUGCACUUCCUUUGCUAUUUUUUCUUAUAUAUUUGCAAGUUAACUGGACCUUGGUGCCUGUGAUUGUGAUCUUGGAAUCAUGUUGGGGUUUGGAGGCCCUCAAGAGAAGUGCGAGGUUGGUCAGAGGAAUGAAAAGGGUGGCUCUGUCUUCUCUCUUCGUCUAUGGUUUUUUCGAAGUGAUCGUUGUGUUGAACGGCUUACUUGUGACAAAAGAUCUUAACGGAACUAGUGACGGUUGGGUUCUUGUAGUGAGCUAUUGGGUGUUCAUUGUGUCGCAAUCUUAUUUCGUUGCGGUGUGUAUGGUUUCUAAAAUUGCGUUCAAUACGGUCUUGUACGCAUAUUGCAAGCCUAAUCAUGGAGAAGUUAUUGUGGAGGAGUUUGAGAAGGAAGGUCUUAUUGGCUUGCCCUUCCAUGACGAUGGAAAGGUAUCCAAUGCUGUUUAAGCUAUGCAUGUAGUGAUCAAUGUGAAAACAUAAGGGUAACUUGAUUUUUUUAUUUUUAUUUUUAUGUAAGAACUGAAUACCGUACUAAGGAAUUUAAACUCCCUUAAUUUAUGUAAACCAUUGUUGUUUAUAUUUUUUGUUUAAUUUCUUUUUAAAA